UUUCGUAAAACUUGUUUGUCAUUGUCACUUUUGUUAAAUUGUUGUCUAAAUUUAUGUGGUUAUUUAAAUAAAAUGUAAGAUAAAUUGUAUAAUGUCCGCUGAAAAUAAAGAAGAAGGAGUGGUUAGUCCAGUUAAUGAAGAACCUCCCGGUUCAAAAACUCAAGGAACUCUUAUUCCUGUAACUCAGAAACAAUUAUCAGCUGUUGAGGAUCCAUUGUUUGAACACGUUCGAGGAAAGGCCAAAACCUGGUUACAAACUCCGGCAGUGCGUACUGGAAAGGAAAUGGACAGCGUUUACUUUAAUGAAGAUAGAUUUGAGUUAAUGAUUGAUACCCGUGGAUAUAAUCCAGAAGAUCUCAAAUGCACUGUUGGACCUAACAGUGUGGAGGUAACCGCUCAACGACAAGAAAUUUCUACCACUGCACAGCGCUGUAUGGCAACAAGUCGAAGUUACCAACUUCCGCAAAAUGUUCUUCCUCAACAAGCCGUCUGCUGCUUGUCUACCGAAGGCAUUCUUUUAGUCGCCGUGCCUUGGCAAAAAUAAACCAACAAGUAUUUUCGUUUUUCGAUCGGAACCUCUCACAUGCUCAAUAAAAAGUUCAGCAACUCAGCCAAUAAAGAAUAGCUUCCUGUUGUGUUCUUUGUAGAAAGUAAACUUACAAUUAGACUG